AUGACAGAGAUAAAAUGCGAGCCUGACGGGGAUCACCAGACUCCACCACUAACAAGCAGACUCUCAGUCUUAUUUCCCACAGAAUGCCAUAUAUUGGCACCUCAGCCAGUCAAGCAUACGAAACUUCGUUUAUUCACAGUGAUAACCCUCCAGAUAACAGCCAGGGACCACGGUCUGCCCUAUCUUCACUCCCAUCUCAACCUUUCCGUAACCAUCAGGGACCUCCCAAUGCCUCCCAAAUACAAUUUCUUCGACAUCAACAACCCCACUGACGAUUUCGACAGCCACUACAGCAGCGAUAACAGCCACAACGACGAUGACGACGACGACGAUGACGUCUACAAUCAUAAAAACGAAACGAACCUCGGCGAAAAAUUUCUAAGACUCACACCCACCUUGUCAUCUAUGUUGAUGAUUCUUUCAAGCGUGUCGGCUCUCAGUUUUGUAGUAAUGGUGGCUUUCUUGGUAGCCACAGCUAAGUUACGUCGACGACAAAGACAGGAUUUGAACAGGAGACGUUGGCAAAAUGGUGGCUGUUGUGGUGGCCGUUGUGGCGACUGCAUUUUCUAUAAAAAUUGCUCCAAGUGCUUACCGUUGGAAAAAUUUUGUCACCGAAGAAGCUGCUGCUGCUGCUGCGGGCGUGAUAGCGAAAUAGUGGUUACUGGUAGAAACUGUGGUGGCAGUAGUAACAGUGUUGAUAAUAGUAACGGUGCCAGUGGCGUUAGUGGCGGUAGUGAGGUCGGUGGUGGUGGGCUGAAGUCAAAGGUCAAGCGUAAAAUGAGACGGAAGUCUAAGAAGAAGACUAACAACAACAACGAUGACGGUGUGCUAAACAUGAGCGAGAAAAUUAAAAACAUUAAAAAGAAAAAUACGAAUAAUGAUAAUAAUAAUAAUAAAGGUGACAACAACAACAACAACAACAACGACAACAACAACGACAGCAAUAAGAAGUGCAAAUCAAACAAGCAACUGAUCGUUAGUGAUGUCACGGGCGUAUCGUCGAAAGAUUGCAAAUCUAAAAAGGAGCCUACGCAGCUUAAAACAAAAUCACAACAUCUAACUAAUGCCGAGAACGCAGAAAUUGCUUUACAACAAUUGCAACAAAAGUCGCAGCAACAAUUGCAGCAACCAUCUCGGCAACAAUCGCAGCAACAAUCGCAACAACGAAAACCCCUACAGUAUUGCUCAAUGUUCAACCUCAAUAACAUAUCCCGAGUCAACAGAAACAGCAACAGCAACAACAUCAACUGCAACAACAACAACAACAAGAAAUACGCACGAAAGACGUCUGAGACCUUGAGUUACAAAGGCUGCACUAAUAACACUAGUCCAAUUUACGAGUGUAAAAACAACUUCAGGAAUAGAAACAACAAAAACAUCAACACUAAUAUAAACAGUAAUAACAAUCAUAACAUCAGCAACAGCAUGCUGGCAGGUAGUAUUCUAAAUCUGGCUAACAUUAACGAGCUGGAAAACAUCAACAGCAUUGAAGACAUCAACAUUCAACUCGACAGCUGCGACGAAGCGGAUUGCAGCAUCUACGCCAACAGCAAGCAUUCAACCGACAGCAAAACCAAUUACAUCAAUUACAACAUCGUUAGCAAUAGCAACAACUUUCUCAGCAACACGCUGGCAACUCUUAGCAAUGUGACAACUCCUAACGUUAAUGACAUCAGCGUUCUCAACAACAACAUCAACAACAUCAACAACAACAACAACAACAACAACAACAACAUCAACAACAACAACAACAUCAACAACAACAACAUCAACAUCAACAACAACAUCAACAACAACAACAUCAACAUCAACAACAACAUCAACAACAACAACAUCAACAACAAUAAUAGAGCAACGUUUUUAGCAACAGAAAAAGACGGUAUGCAGUCAUGCGGGGGUCCGAAGACAAGCCAAUUACGAAGGGAGCAUCUCAUGCUCCUCCGGUCUCACACACAUGUGAACUGUGACCUUGAACACCUGAACGAGAAAUUUUGUCACACCAUCUCCGCUGCACAGGAAGGUCAACAAACUGAAGUUGAAGGUCAGGUAGAGGGUGAAGGUCAUAGAUCAGAUGUCAAGUUCAACACUAUAUCUCUCGUCAGGCCGGAGAAAAAAAUUAAAUUUGUCGACCAAAUAACGAAAUCUCACUGUCCAAUCAUAUGCACGACCCCUUCCUACUGCUCACCUGCUAUUAGUCCGUGGACUCCAACCUCGGCCAAUAGGAAACCGGGAUUCACUGAUAUGAAGGUCCUGGGUAACGAAAAUAAGGCGGCCCUCAAUAAAUCACAGUGGACACCCCUUAUCAUUCAGUACCACUCAGUGGAAGUUUAG